AUGGAAAAAGAGGGGUUUCUACGAUCAGUCAAUGAGCUAGUAACUAAAGGAUUAACUGUGGCUCAAAUUGCUACUGAUAGACACCUGCAGAUAACGUCUGUCAUGAAAAAGCAGUUCCCUGAUAUAGAUCAUCAGUAUGAUGUUUGGCACGUUUCAAAAAGUGUUAUCAAAAAGUUAACCCAACUGGGUAAGGCAAAGGGCUGUAGUAACCUUCUUCCAUGGAUAAGAUCUGUGGCAAAUCACUUGUGGUGGUCAUCAAAAUCAUGUAAUAGACAGGCUGAAAAUCUAAGAGAGAAAUGGAUUUCUAUUAUUUACCAUACAAUCAAUGUCCAUUCAUGGGAGAAUGCUACAUCUUUUGGCAAGUGUGAACACAACGAAUUGUCACUUGAAGAGAGCCAACGAAAGCAGUGGUUAAAGAAAUGUUCUCCUGCACAUGAUGCACUGAAGUCGGUAGUCCUAAACAAGAAGCUUUUGAAAGACCUUGACAAGCUAACGGACUUCAGCCACACUGGUAAUUUGGAAGUUUACCAUGCUCUUCUCACUAAAUAUUGUCCUAAGAGGCAACAUUUCAGCUACAAGGGGAUGCUUGCAAGAACAUAG